GAUUUCAUUCCCUAACCUAAUAUUCCAGUCUGAGCUCUUCGGACCUUCCGCUUCCGGUUGCUGUCAAUCCUUCCACCGUUGCCUCCUUCAGAUCUGUGAAAUCUCAGGACUCGUCCUUGGCUGCCGUUGCUCGUCCUUGUUUAAAGCACUGUUCGAGCAUCUAUCCGAUGGAUGAUUGAAGUAACAUCAAAAGGCCAUAACACCGUCGCCCUCUCUUACUCUUCCUCGUUGCCGCACCACUUCAGGUUUUCAUUGUUUUGUUGGAAGUGUACAGCAUAUGCAAUAGUGUGAAAGAGCAGCUCAACUUGCAUAUUAGUAAUGGUGGAGGUGUGGUGGUCUCUGUUGGGGGCUGCAAUCCCGGCUGUCAUUGCAGGACAAGCUUUUAGAGUGAAGAAAAGGCAUGCUGAAGAGCAGAGGCUGAAAAGUGCAAGGGGAAGGGAGAAGAGUUCUGAUGACAUUUUUGUGUGUGAACGGGUUUGCACGUCAAAGAGGAUGCUGAAGAAGGUCGGCUCGUUCUCGAAAGACCCCAUUCCUGAUACUUGUGUUACUGUCUGUGGUGUCUCUGAGCUUGAUGCAUGUGCUGAUGCCUGUGCUCGUACUGUGUGUGUUAACCAACAUCAAGUACCUAAUUGGAAUGACAUAUGCCUUCGGAGGUGCCAGAGUGAAUGCCUAAAACUAUCUGAAUCUCAUUCUUCCUAGGAAUUUGCAUGCAGAGAAGUAUGUGUUGAUAUUCUGAUUCGAGAUUCCGAGUUUUGGAAUGGUUGUUGAUGUCUUUUGGCAUCAUGGUAACUCCAUUUUUAGUAUCACUGCUAAAUGCUAAAUGCUAAAUGCUUGUAGAUGGGUGAGCUUAUUCUGCAUUAUUCAAAACUAUGGUCCUCAGAGAAUACCGAGACAAUUAGACAAAGAACAGAUGCUUUUUCGGCAGUGUAUCCUUUCGCAAUCAACUUCUCUUCUCAUGUUUGAUCAUUUAUGUGUUGCUUGCUUUA